CAAGCUGGCUUUCAAAUUAUAUGGGAAAAAAUCAAUUGAAAGGCGCGCAUUGACAACUGCUACUGGCUGCAGCCGUCUGCUUCGAACACUUAUUCUCCGGUUAGUGCCAUCCUUUAUUUUCGCUUCAGCUGUUUACAUUGGCCGUCGUGUGUUUGUCUGAGACGUUUUGUUGUUGUCGGUGAGCGGCAGUGUAUCGAUGUGGCCGUCUAUGUUUGCAUCGAACACUAAAUGGACGAAGGGCACAGAAACGCGACCUAAUAUGUGACAUAAGGAAUAAGUGUGUAUUCAUAUGUGUGAAGACAAACAGCUGAAAUACAUGAAGACUUAAUAGAAAUUGAAUGAGACCAUGAUCUGUGCUCUAGGGCGACAAUCAAAAGUGUGAACGAGCCAUUCUCAACGAUGAUCACGUUUCUUUAAGUACGCGAUGAGUGACAGCACAUUAUUUCAAAAAUGCUGACCAAAGCUAUAAGAGCUCUGAGCUCGUGGGGACUUUUUUUUCGUGCGCAUAAUAACCAACAAGUUCGAUAUUUAAAUAAAUCGCGUUUCGCGCACUUUAAUAAUAUUCAACAGAUCUGUAGACAAGGAGGAUAUGAACCGCUAUUUGGAUCUAGAACGGGCCUCUUCGAAUUGCCUGAAUUAAGUGAUCCAAAUGGAUUUUACCUGCUUAAGGAGAAUGCAAUUACCCAGGCUGAGCAGCUCAUUGCCGAAGCGAUGUACUCUCACAGAAAACGAAAAAUGGUGCAGAUAUUUGAUGAUCUCUCGGAUUGCCUUUGCCGAGUGGCUGAUCUGGCGGAAUUUGUUAAAGUAGGACAUCCUCAGGGGCGCUACGCUCAAGCCGCUGAACACGCCUCGCUGGCUAUCUCCAGUCUCGUUGAAAAGCUAAACACCAACCGGGAGCUGUACUCUGCGUUGCGCUCAGUGAUCGAGAACGGUGACAUCGUACCAACAACCAACGCCGAACAGCACGUAGGGCGAUUAUUUCUCUUUGAUUUUGAGCAGUGCGGCAUACAUCUUGAUGAGGAGCGGAGACAAAGGGUUGUAGCACUUAACGAUCACAUCCUUUAUGUUGGCGGGCAGUUUCUGCAAAACUCUCACCGACCUCGUUAUGUACGGCAAAGUGGAAUGCCAGAAAAUCUACGUGCAUUUUUCAAUCGCGAUGGUAGUGAGAACCUGGUAGUAAGCGGUCUUCAAGCAGACUGCUCUAACGAAUUGGUUCGUGAGGCGGCCUAUCGAAUAUAUCUGUACCCAGACGACCAUCAGCUUGGCCUUCUUGACGAACUUCUCAGGUCCCGUCAUGAACUUGCAAGGCUUUGUGGAUUUGACACCUAUGCUCAUCGAGUACUUAAAGGAAGCAUUGCGGAAACACCAGAGAACGUAGAAACAUUUCUAUCGUACCUCUCUGCAGAGCUGGGUCCUCGUGCCGAGCGAGAUUAUCAAGAAAUGAUGGGUAUGAAGAAAACUCGUUCAAGACACGUGAAACGACUCGAGCCCUGGGAUGUUCCUUAUUUUACCUCACAGGCUAAACUAAAUAAGUUUGUAUUGGAUCCGAGAGAGUAUAUGGCAUACCUAAGUUUGGCGAGCUGUAUGGAGGGCCUUGAUAUGAUAUUUAACGCGCUCUACGGCAUAAAUCUCGAGGUUGUGAAGCCGGAACGGGGCGAGCUGUGGCAUUCUAGUGUGGUAAAGCUAGUUGUCAAAAAUGCCACUGAACAAAGUCGCAAUAGCUUGGCAUCCCAUAUGGGAGUUAUCUACUGCGAUUUAUUUGAAAGGCCUGGCAAGCCACAUCAGGACUGCCAUUUCACGAUUCAGGGGGGUCGACGACGUAGUGAUGGAUCCUAUCAGAUACCAAAGGUAGUUUUGAUGUUAAACCUUCCGCGCGGUGAAAGUGGGGUACCUCCAUUACUAACUCCCUCGCUAAUGGAUAACCUUUUUCACGAGAUGGGUCAUGCCAUGCAUUCGAUGUUAGCAAGGACCGAAUAUCAGCACGUCACGGGCACUCGGUGUGCCACAGACCUUGCUGAAGUACCUUCCAUCCUUAUGGAGUAUUUUGCAUCGGACCCUCGAGUUGUAUCAAAAUUUGCGCGUCAUUAUCGAACAGGUGAGCUCAUGCCAGCUGAAAUGGCUGCUAGCCUUGACGCGUCUCGAGUUAUCUUCCAAGCCAGCGAGACACAACUGCAGGUUUUCUAUGCGUUUGUGGACCACGAGUAUCAUUCAAAAUACCCACUAGCUGCGAAUACGACAGAAAUCUUGCGAGACGUUCAAAACAAGCACUUUGGCGUAAAGUACGUAGAUAAUACGGCUUGGCAAUUGCGUUUCGGUCAUCUUGUUGGCUAUGGAGCAAAAUAUUAUUCGUACUUGAUGUCACGAGCUGUAGCAGCGACAUUCUGGCAUCGGGCUUUUAACGCCGAUCCGUUCUCGCGUUGUGUAGGUACCCGAUAUCGUGAGGAGGUACUUGCACACGGCGGCGCCCUCCCACCAGCGCAACUUAUACAAAAUUUCCUCAGCAUCGAACAGUUGGAUAUUCAGCAGCUAGCAGAGUCGCUUAUUCGGGACAUCGAUCAUAGAUAAAUUUGUAGUUACAUUUUGCGAAAUAAAAAGUCGUAAGGAGCACGGAGAACUAAAUUGAAGUUAAACAACAAAAAAGUUAUAAUUGUUUUAUAAUAUAUAAUUGUGUAUACAUGGUUGUAAAUAAAUGGUCAACGCUUUAUUUGAAUAC